CAGUAGCUGGAGGCACAUCCCACAGAGGAGACACUACAAAUUGGGGUGCCAGGGGCACCACGAAGCUUCUGGGAGUUCCUGCUGCAGGAGCUGGUGUUUCUCUGGGGGUGGGAAGCUCCAUAAAUUCCCAAGAUGACGGACCAGCAGGCAGAAGCCCGUGCCUUCCUCAGCGAGGAGAUGAUUGCAGAGUUCAAAGCCGCCUUCGACAUGUUUGAUGCUGAUGGUGGUGGAGACAUCAGCACCAAGGAGCUGGGGACGGUGAUGAGAAUGCUGGGCCAGAACCCCACCAAAGAGGAGCUGGAUGCCAUCAUUGAGGAGGUGGACGAGGAUGGCAGCGGCACCAUCGAUUUCGAGGAGUUCUUGGUCAUGAUGGUGCGCCAGAUGAAAGAGGAUGCCAAAGGCAAGUCUGAGGAGGAGUUGGCCAACUGCUUCCGCAUCUUUGACCGGAAUGCGGAUGGGUUCAUUGACAUCGAGGAGCUGGGUGAGAUCCUGAGGGCCACCGGGGAGCCUGUCACUGAUGAGGACAUAGAGGACAUGAUGAAGGACUCAGACAAGAACAAUGACGGUCGCAUCGACUUUGAUGAGUUCCUGAAGAUGAUGGAGGGUGUGCAGUAAGGGACCAGACAUUCCUCAGGCCAGCUGCUGCAUCCAGCCCUGCUCCCCUGCUGUCCAGGGAGCAGCAGCUCCACAGCAUCUGGCCCUCAGCACUUGCUGGGACCUUGCUCUGUGCCAGGGUCCUGGUCUCAUCUCACCACCGGCGGCUGAGCUUUUCCUCCCAUCUGUCACCUAUGGCUUUGACUCGAGCCUCAAUUAAAGAGGAAAGGCUUGAGCUGCUGGUGCAGGA